GAGGAUGGUUGCCAGGUCAUGAUUUUUGGACCUGGCCUCAAAACAUUUACUUACUGUGGUCCAUUCUGCAAUGACUAUUGCUUAUAUAACUCAUGUUCACUAGAAAGAGUAGUGAUUAAUGCUUGUGACCCUGGUAAGACAGCAAGACAAGUUGCCUAUCGCAUGUAUAGGCUUCUUAGUGGGCUCUCUACCGUUAAAAAACUAAAACUUUCUAGUGGUGCUGUUGAGGUUCUAAACUCUGCUGCAGAACUCCUUCCCCAUGUUCCUAUGUUCAAUAAUGUGACGCAUUUGGAAUUUGAUGAUGGUCCAACAUAUCUUGAUAGAGUGGCACUAUCAACGAUACUGGAAAAAUUUCCUUGUCUGAAUACUCUUGAAUUUCCUGAGGGGAUCAAUCUGUCUGUAAAUUGUAAAAAUGCUGAUGGUAUACCGGCCCCAGUGCCUCCAUGUUUCUUAUCACACCUCAGGUGCAUUAAAGUCUAUUGUUAUGCUGAAGUGCAGAACCAACUGCCUGCCAUAAAAAAUUUGCUCAAGAAUGCGGUGGCCUUGGACAAGAUAGUUAUAUCUUCCGAUAAUCAUUUUGCACGGGACUUCGAGAAACAGUUGAUGGAGUUCCCCAGGGGGUCAAAAAAUUGUAAAUUCAUUAUCUAUUGAGCCUUUCUUGAGCUUUGAUUCUCAGAAAGAGCCACUCAUAAGUCUUCAAUUCCUACUUUUUGGAACAUCUUAAAGUACAACUUGUUAUUUUACUGUACUUUGAACUUGAAAGACUUAUUUUGCUCACUACCAGGACCUUCUACCUAGCCAGUAUCUACAACUUUUUGUUAUGGUACGAGACUGCAAUUUGCAGCAUGGAAUGACCUUUAGUGAUAUUCACCACCCCGUCUUUUGGAAAUCAAAUGCAGUCUGAUAGUUGGGUUUA